AUGCUGAAAAUUACUUUCAUGAACUGGACGUCGAGGGUGUUUUUCCUUCGAAAAUAUACAACAAAUGUAGCAUCAAAGCCCAUUGCGACCUUCCAGACAAAGUUGAAUGACAACCUUUCUAAAAUGAAAAAGCUCACACAAGACCAACCCCAUCUCAUAUCUCGACUGAACGCCAUAACGAAUGCAUUAACGGAAAAAACACCUAAACAUCGUAUUUUAUUACAGUCUUUGACUUCUUCACAAAGGGAUAUUGCAUGCUCGAAAACUAUUUUACAAGCUCUUCUAACAAGUCCCUUUCUACCAAAAGUACCUGAGCUUGAUGAAGCUUUGAGGACUCUUGGUCAGGAGCCACUUUCGAUUUCUUUUGCAAGUACUCCCCUUAUCCAAAAAAAUGCUCGAUACAAAUCUAGCCAUCUUUCUAUACCAAGCGAUUUUCUUCAAGUCCAUAACCUAGAGAUCACUUACCUACCUGCGAACUAUAGUGAUAAUCUGAUCUCAGCAACUUGUCAGAGCACGUACAUGUGCUCUUCUUCCUAUCUGAACAUUGUUAAUGAUCGUGCUUCUCGCCCAGCUUCACAUAUAACUUAUCUCUUGGACAAGGAUUUGACGGAUGUUGAUAUUAUUAAAAAUGAGCCUCACAUUAUGCCCAUAUCCUCGCCAAAGGCAUUGUCGGCCAUUUCUAUAUUACGCCAAGAUGCAGGCCAGUUUACACAGUAUAAGGAGCUUUGGGAUAAAAGCAACUUCCAGACAUUGCGAAACUCUUUUCUUACUAAAAACAACUACGAAUUAGUCGAAAAAAUGCUGAAGUCAUUUAUGGAUACGAUACGCUCGGAAAAUGCUGGACAAAAGUAUAUUGCCUCUAAGAACAGCAGCAAUUUUAUGCUAUCCUCUUUGGAGGAAUGGGCCAAAUGUUUUCACGCUGAUACGGAGUCUUUUGAAGUCCAACUGAAAGCUUUAUGGAAAAAACUUGGGUUUUUACAGCUAUACAAAAACAUUGACGCAUGGCCUAAUAGUUUGAAAGACCUGCUUCACAAGUCCUUUCUACAGGAAUCUAAACUGGAAUUAGCAUUCCUCUUGGGCGAAUUAUCCAGAAAUGGGGAUGAUAAAAAGAACUUUUACAGCGCGAUGAAAGACUUUCAAACAUAUCAAGAUACGUGCAAACAAAAUGUUUCAGAAAAGUUUAAAUCACUGAAAAAGCAAACGCUUUAUGUGACGCUAUUCCAAGGUGUUGGAGCUUUGGGCUCUUUGUAUCUUUACUUAAUUGCUCAUGCAUCCAUGUAUAACUCCUUCAGUAUCUUUGCUGUAACAUCGGUUUUAGGAUUCUACGUUUUGCAGCGGAGCUCAGUUAAUUGGAAGCGAACAUUUUGGAAAGAGCAGCUGGAAGAUAGUAGAUGUUUUGAGGGAACGUUUCGACGUCAAUUAUUUGAAAAUUCUUCCCUUUAUAGCCAGAAUACACUCCAAGCAAAGAUGAAAACAGAGACGGAUCUGCUUUUGACCCAGGUUGACGAAUCUUUGAAGUGUUUAAGCAAAUUACGCGUUGCCUCGGAAAACUAG